AUGGUUCCUCCUAAGAAGACUGUUAAGAUGGAUUUGAACUCGUUCUUGAACGACGAUACGUUCGGUAGUUCGUGGGCUGAGGAUGAGGUUGAUUUGAACAAGAUUAAUAUUCCAAUUGAGAACACUAGUGCCAACACUAUUCCGCUGGAGGAUAUUGCUGCGGCUAAGAAGGCCGGUGCCAUGGGUGGCAUGGGCAUGGGUGGAGGUAGAUCGCGUCUGGACCCUGCUCUUGGCGGUGGUGCGAAGAGUUUCGAGAGGGAGGAGUACCCAGUGCCCAACGCUCCUCCAUACAGAGCCAUCAUCAACAACAUUCCAUGGGAUAUCUCUCCGGAGGGUGUUCAAGCCUGGGUUGAGGACGGUUUAGGUAAAGAAGGUGCAGUAGAAGAGGUUAGUUUGCCAAAGAGUAUUAAGGACCCUACCCGUUUGAAAGGUAUUGCUUUUAUUACUCUAAAGGAACGUGAAGACUUGGUUAAGGCCUUGACUUUCAACUCCACAAAGUUGAAUGAACGUACUGUCUAUGUCUCCGUUGCAGCUCCAAGAAGAGAAGGUUUCAGAUCCGGAGGUGAUGACUUUGACUGGGGUUCUGCUAGAGGUUCCGGUUUCCAAGCCUCCAGAGAAGAACCAAACUUGGAUUGGGGUGCCGCCAGAGGCUCCGGUUUCCAGCCAUCUAGAGAAAGCAGGCCAAGAAGAGAGGACCCAGAUCUUGACUGGGGUUCCGCUAGAGGCUCCGGUUUCCAAGCUAGCAGAGAGAGUAGACCAAGAAGAGAAGAACCUGAUCUAGACUGGGGCUCCGCUAGAGGCUCCGGUUUCCAAGGCAGCAGAGACAGGGAAGACAGACCAAAGAGAGAAGAGCCAAAUUUGGAUUGGAGUGCCGCUAGGGGUUCCGGUUUCCAAGCCUCCAGACAGAGAGAAGACAGGCCAAAGAGAGAAGAACCAAACUUGGACUGGGGUGCCGCUAGGGGCUCCGGUUUCCAAGCGUCCAGACAGAGAGAAGACAGACCAAAGAAGGAAGAACCAAGUUUGGACUGGGGUGCUGCUAGAGGAGCCCAAUUUAACAAAGCUACUCAACAAGGUACCAAGAAGAAUGCUGCUCCAGCUAAGGCUCCAGAGGAGACUCCAAAGAUCCAAAAGUCUGCAUUCGAUGUUCUACGUGAUGAAGAUGAUGAAGAUGAUGAAACAGAAUCCACUACUGCUCAACAAAACUCUGGUGAUGUUGAGAAAUUGACUGAAGAAACCAAACAAUUGAAUGUCACUGAAGAUGAUGGUGACUGGGAAGUCGUUGGUAAGAAAUAA